UACUCAAUAAGCCCUUCAAACCCUGUUCACAGCUUCUCUCUCUUUCGCGGGUGAUCUACCGGUAUACGAGCUACCUCCUCCCUUUCCCUCCUUCCUUUCCUUCCCCCCUCUCCCUUUCUCACACCAUACCAAGUUAACAGGAACGACAUCCGCAUUGAAGACCGCCCCACCUGCCUUCAGCUGAAGAGGGAGAGGGAGGGACGGAAAAAAAGAGGCAAAAUUAUUUAAAGAAUAGCCCCUCCCCCUGGUCAUCCCGAAACAAGGCACCUACAUUCGUCAUUUCACGAUGUCAUACUACGAUAUCGAUGCUAUUCUCACCGAUGCACAGGUAUGCCAUCCUUUGAUUCCCGGUUGUGAUAAGCCCUCUGUUGUCAUGGGCACACAAACAGAAAGAGGAGCAGUCUUAGCUGACAACCCCAGAAAGUCCCGUGUACCUUCGAAAUCACAAUCCCAGGCCUGGGCUAUUUGGAAGGCAAUUCAAAUACUGAUGUACAUAGACCCCGCCUUCUCUUCCACUUCCCCUCACUUCCGCCUAUUUCCCCCAAACAGAAGUGAAAAGUAAAACAGGAGGAAAUGACUGAUUGACGGAGCAGAUCAAGCAAGGAACUAGAGUCGAGCUCCCCCUUUGGCUCGCGGAAAUGCUCGGUGUAAGUCAACGCCUAGGUACAGAACAGAACGUCAUAACACUAGACCUUCCACCGGCUUUAGCCCCCAGAGUUCAGAACGCUCUCAAGGCGAAUCCUUGCACGGUUGACUUGAGAUCUCUAGCGUCGCAUUACUACUCCCUUGGGGAGCGAAUAUUGGGAUUGCUGGAGGAGGACGAGCUGGUCGAUAUACUCUCCGAGGUAGUCAAUUCACAGGAGGAGGGGCGGGACGGGAUGGGAUGGGAUAGUACUGAUGAUAAAUAGACAUUCAAAAAGCGAGCGGCAGGAAUAGCUGACCAUGCGCACAACCCGCAAGGAGUCAUCAGCAGCGGCGGCGAGUUCUUGAAAGGCCUUGAUGAGAACGAACGACAACGUGCCCUUCCCCCCAUCCACCCAUCUAUCCAUCCGAUCCACCAGCUAACUCCAAAAUAAUCAGUCUUCAAAACCGCCCACGAAUCCGCAAAAGCAAUCCGCGCCUUCCUCUCAGACCGUAGUAGUAGUAAAAAAUAAACUAGAAUGAAAUAAAAACAAGAGAAAGAGAGCAGCAAACCAAGACUCC